AUGGAAAAGGACAUUCGAAAAUAUGUGCAGACGUGUGAUACCUGUCAAAGGAAUAAAUCAAGCAAUCAACAACCAGCUGGACUUCUCUACCCUCUAAGGACACCAAUGGGAAGAAAUAGCAAUCCCACAAAGAAGUUAGCAUAUAAGUUGAACCUCCCUGAAACAAUGAAGAUUCACCCUGCCUUCCACGUCUCACUUCUGAAACCAUACCAUCCCUCUCCAGAAGAAUUUGCAAGACCAACACCGCCUCUUGCUAUUGUCGAAUCUGAUACCGGACAAGAAGAAUAUGAAGUUGAAGCAAUAUUAGAUAAAAGAAUCAUCCGAAAGAAUACACAAUAUCUAGUUAAAUGGACCGGAUAUCCGUUGCACGACACGACGCAACAUGGGAACCCGUACAAAAUAAGGAAUUCGAAUUAA